CAGGAGGCUGACAAAGCCAUCGAAAAUGACAUUUGUCAGAUGAAAGAGAUUAACGUGUGCCUAUAUAUGUUACAAGUAUCAUCCAUUUCAACAAGAAUCACCAGCAAAGACUGUGCGGUUCGAGUUCGCAUCUCUUCUCUCAUGUCUGUAUUUGAAAUAAUGACAGGCGUGUAAUUUUCUAUCUUGUGCCCGGAUGUUCUGGUAUGCCGCUUGUCUCGCGCCAAUAAUACUGAACGUUUCGUCAAUAGCACGUUCGAGCCGGUUCACGAUUCACGGGAGAUGAAACAAUGAUGCCGAUAAAGGAUAAUCAAGAUGUGGCAUGCUUUUUAGUCACCAAGCAUUCUACAUGGAAGGGGAAGUACAAACGUAUCUUCUCCAUCGGUUCUAUGGGAGUGACGACAUACAAUCCUGGCACAUUGGAAGUAACAAACAGAUGGGAGUACUGUGACUUUAUGAACGUACAGCCAGUAAACAAAAGUCAAUUGGGCUCUCAUGAAUUUAUCAUAACCGUGCGUAAGGACAGGAAGAAUGACACCAUGAGAUUUAGCUCGGAACACAGAGCGCACCUGUUGACGGAAGCGCUCAGAUACAGAAACCAAUUUGAAAAGUCUAAAGAAACCUUGAGAUAUCAAGCUUACAAGCACCAUUGGUCCGACACGAGAUUACCCGUUGUAUUAGAGAUAACACCGUACAGUCUUGAUCAGUUGGAUCCUGCGACGAACAUGGUGCUGGCUAGUUACUGUUACAAAGAUUUCGAAGGGCUUCUCACCAUGAAGGAUUAUCCCAACGGAUUCGUGAUAGUGUGCGGUGGAUUUGGUCGGCUACAUCUUUUCGCUUCUACGCACAUGGAAGAGAUAAAGAAAAGGUUGCAAGAGGCAGCGUUAAAUAAUUUAGGCAUCAAUAUAAAAAUGUUGAAGGAGCCUAUAAAACUCGACGACUUUAUCGCUCAAAGAUUGGGAAAAUUUAGCGGCGACGAGCAUAUAACGAGCGUCUCGGAAUUCACCGUACACAAAAUCUCCACGAGGCACUCGGACCCGCAAAGAAGAACGCUCUGCCUGUCCGACACUUGUCUAUUGGAAAGAGAUCCACAGACGUAUAACAUUUGUACUCUUCGACCAUUAUCCGACAUUUUUACCUUGAUUCGUGAUAACGAUAAUCCUCAGUUAUUCACUCUACAGUAUCUCAAUGGUCAAACGCGCAGUUAUACCACGACGAAUAGAGAUUCCCUACUGGCAUCGUUGCUGGAUGGCGUAAGAGCAUCCGGUAACAGGGAUGUCCACGUGAAGAUGUAUCCCAUAGCCAGGGGCAAGAGACUCGGACCGUUCAACCUGCCCGUCGACGAGGAGGUCGAGACGACGCACGUUAAAUUUCUCCAACAACCACCCGGCGGGCGUACAUUUGCGGAAAUUCUAGACAGGUUCAAUGCGAACGUACCGUACAGUGGUCUGAAUUAUUCCGUCACUCAAGACGGAAUCUUUACCGAAAACAAAGACAAGAUUAUCCUCGGAGCAUUGAACACCUUAAUCAGCAAAGAUCUGGAGACGAACAGCGAGAUUGAGGCGCAGUUUCACGCGUUACGAAGACUGGUGGCCAGUAAAAUCGGCUUCGCCGCGUUCACGACGCUUCCCGGUUUCAGAGAAGCUGUGGGAACGAAGGUCGUAAAGGCUUUAAAGAGGCAAAAUUCUGGUGUAACGCAAGCUGCUAUAGAUUGCAUUUGCGCUUUGAUGCAGCCGAUGCACGACGAUUGCGACUUAAGGCAAGAACAAUUGAACAAGAGCAGCCUACUCAGCAGUAACAAGUUUUUAGAGAGUUUGCUCGAAAUGUGGGUUAAUCACAUUAAUCAUGGCACGGGUGCUCUGGUAGUCUCCGCUAUGCUCGACCUCUUAACAUUCGCCCUGUGUGUGCCCUACAGCGAAACGACCGAUGGCAAGCACUUUGACAACCUUCUAGAAAUGGUUGCGGCGAGAGGUAGAUCUCUAUUCAAGUUGUUUCAACAUCCCUCGCUGGCUGUGGUCAAAGGCGCCGGAUUGAUAAUGCGAGCAAUCAUCGAGGAAGGUGCGCCAGAAGUGGCAGCGAAAAUGCAGGAGCUGGCACUUGCGGAAGGAGCCUUACCGAGACACCUAUUAAACAGUUUAUUUACUGUUAGCAGCGACAGCAGACUGCUGACGCAUCGACAAUUGUGCCGACAUCUGGUAGGAUUAUGGGUCACCGGCCAUCCCACAGCUAUGGGAUUAUUGAAACGCAUUAUGCCGGUUGGUCUGUUGAAUUAUCUCGACUCUGACGAGAAAGUGCCGGACUCGUUCUUGGAAGAGGAGAGAUUGAACAAUCGUGACAAUCUGAAAAUAGCCAUAGAUCACGCGUCGAGGAACAAAAAGAGUCCACAAUGGAUCGCUAUCGAGCGUCAAAUGCGAGUAGUCGAGAAGCACGUGGAGAAUGCCCUGCAGCACUGGGGCGCGCGUAUCGGCAUAGAGCGGCGGGAGAAGAUCAAGGAGCGGCCGAUAGUUUUGCGAAAACGCAGGGAACGGAUCAAAUCGGAGGCGAAUUGGAAGUUGUUCUAUUACAAAUUCAAUCAGGACCACGCACUGCCCAACUUAAUUUGGAAUCACAAAACGAGGGAGGAGCUGAGAACAGCACUGGAAAACGAGAUACGCGCGUUCACGUCGGAUAAAGAUUUGGCUGGUGGAACUCUGAUCGCAUGGAAUCAUCGAGAGUUUGAGGUGCAGUACCAAUGCCUCUCGGACGAGGUGAAAAUUGGAGAUUACUAUUUGAGGCUCUUAUUGGAGAAGGAUAGCCCCGACAGCCCGAUAAGAAAAUCGUACGAAUUUUUUAAUGAUUUAUACCAUAGAUUCUUAUUGACUGCAAAAAUCGAAAUGAAGUGCCUUUGCUUGCAAGCAAUGACGAUAGUGUACGGUCGUUAUUACGAGGACAUUGGUCCAUUCUCGGAUACGAAAUAUAUCCUGGGAAUGUUGGAGCGUUGCGCAGACAGAACCGAGCGCGAUAGGCUAGUCAUGUUCGUAAACAAACUGAUAUUGCAUCGACGAAACGUCAAAGAUAUAAUGGAUCAGAAUGGAGUGCGAACUCUGGUGGAUCUGUUAACUUUGGCACAUUUACAUACCUCUCGAGCUGUCGUGCCAACGCAAACCAACGUGAUCGAGGCGGGCCCGCAGCAGGAGCGCAUGGAGAAGGAAUGGUAUUACAAUAAUGGGGAUCAACGUGAGGGCCCGAUAAGCUUGAAAGAUCUCAGAGGACUGUACGCUUCGAAUCACGUGAAUCACAAGACUAAAGUCUGGGCGCAGGGAUUAGACGGAUGGAAAACGAUUUCACAAGUGCCACAAUUGAAGUGGAAUCUCGUCGCGAGAGGCACUCCCGUGAUAAACGAGAGCGAAUUAGCCAACUUGAUUCUGAAUAUCUUGAUCAAGAUGUGUGAGUACUUUCCGAGCAGAGACGCGGACGAUGCGGUGAUCAGACCGUUACCGCGCGUUAAGCGAUUGCUGUCCGAUCUUCAGUACCUGCCGCACAUCGUGCAGCUUCUGCUGACGUUUGAUCCGAUCCUGGUUGAGAGAGUCGCGACAUUGUUAUGCGAAAUAAUGCGCGACAACGCGGACGUGUCGAAGAUUUAUCUAACUGGCGUGUUUUACUUUAUCUUAAUGUACACCGGUUCUAACGUCUUACCGAUCGCCAGGUUCCUACAGCUCACGCACACCAAACAAGCCUUCAGGAGCGACGACAACGCCUCUUCAGAUAUCAUGCAACGAAGUAUUCUCGGCCAAUUAUUGCCCGACGCAAUGGUGAGUUACUUAGAGAAUCACGGGGCGGAGAAGUUCGCGCAAAUAUUUCUUGGGGAUUACGAUACGCCGGAGGCAAUCUGGAACGCGGAGAUGCGACGAAUGCUUAUCGAGAAAAUUGCUGCGCAUAUUGCAGAUUUUUCUCCCAAGUUACGAAGUCAUACCAUGGCCAGGUAUCAGUAUAUCGCUAUACCUGCUGUAAGAUAUCCGCAACUGGAAAAUGAAUUAUUCUGCCAGAUAUUCUAUCUGAGACAUCUCUGCGACACCGUCAAGUUUCCGCAGUGGCCUAUACCGCAACCGGUGCAAUUACUAAAAGAUGUACUGGAUGCAUGGAAGAAGGAGGUAGAGAAGAAACCGCCCCUAAUGACUGUGGACGAGGCUUACAAGCAACUCGGUUUGCCUAGCGGGAAACAGCACGAUGGGGCGAUUGUUAGGAAAUCGUUUUACAAAUUGGCCCAAAUGUAUCAUCCCGACAAGAAUCCCGAAGGCCGAGACAAAUUCGAGGCUGUGAGUCAAGCGUACGAGUUUCUGUGCAGCCGCAGUUGUUGGUCGACCACUGGCCCCAAUCCCGACAACAUUGUUCUGAUUUUACGGACUCAGAGCAUCCUUUUUCAUAGAUACACAGACGAACUUAGACCUUACAAGUACGCUGGUUAUCCUCAGCUGAUCAAGACGAUCAAGCUGGAAACGGACGAUGAACGCUUAUUUUCAAAGUCGGCCCCAUUGUUGGCAGCUGCGAGCGAACUCGCGUACCACACGGUCCACUGCUCGGCGUUAAACGCCGAGGAAUUGCGACGGGAGGGCGGUCUAGACGUAUUGCUGGAGGCGUACACGCGAUGCGUGUCCGUCUUGAAUAAAUCAAGUAAACCUAUGGACGUAGCGGUGCAAGUUUGCACGCACAUCACUCGAUGCUUUGCCGUCGCGGGAUCGUUCCGAGGAUGCAGAGACAAGAUCAUUGAAUUGCCGCAACUCGUAAAAGACCUCUGCCGGAUCCUGCAUUUUAAGCAUUUGACAAAGUUAUGCGCGGUAGCCACAGAAUGUAUUUCGUCUCUCGCGACGGACAGCAUAUUACAGAUGCAGCUGUUACAAUCUGGCGCUUUAUGGGACCUAUUGCUCUUUAUGUUCAACUAUGAUUACACGUUGGAGGAAGGUGGCGUGGAGAGAAAUCAGGACGAGAAUCGUCAGGAAGUGGCGAAUAACUUGGCGAAAUUGGCGGUUCGUGCUUGCGCCAGAUUAGGUGGUUACAUGAAGGGCGAGGACGAGACACCCGUUAAUCCUGUUACGGUCGCCGCGUUGGAGAGCUUAUUGACGCCUUAUCUGGCACGCCAGCUUGUUAAAGAUAAACCAGAGGAGAUUUUAAAGAUAUUAAAUUCUAAUUGUUCAAAUCCAUACUUGAUCUGGGAUAACGGGACCAGGGCGGAAUUAAACGAAUAUUUAGAAGUGAAACGGCAAGAGCGAUUGAACAAUAGCGACAACUUUGAGCACGACUUCAGCGACUUCAAGUAUACCGCUCACGCCGACGAGUUGGUGAUUGGCGAGAUAUUCGUGAAAGUGUACAAUGAACAACCGGUAUAUCCGAUUGAGAAUCCAAAAAGUUUUACGAUACAUUUGCUCGAGUUCCUGUCGCUGUCUUCCGAGUACUUGAUGUCUCUGGCGAACGUUGCCUUGAGUAAAAAGGACCAAGAAAAAUUGGAGCACAUCGUGAUGGCGCUUAAGGCUCUGAAGAACGUUAUAAAAAAUAAUCCCGGGAUCGAGUUACAGUGUAUGGGCCACUUUAAAUUGCUGUUCGGACUUUUGAGCUGUAACAAUUUCAAACUGAUUCAGAAGAGCGCUUUAGAAGUAAUCAGUAACGUCACUAAAAAUCAGGAAUGCGUCGACGAUAUAGCCGCGAAUGAAGUUGGCGUGCAUUUGUUGUUAUGUCUGCACAGCCUGAAGGAGUGUCAACUUCUCGCGUUAGAGACUUUGUACGCCCUGAUGAGCUCAACGAAGAUCGUCAAGGACGCACUGGCGAAAGGGGCUGUGGUCUACAUUCUCGAUUUGUUUUGCAAUUCGAGUAAUAUUCAGACGAGGGAAACUGCGGCAGAAUUACUCGCGAAAAUGUCGUCCGACAAAUUGGCGGGACCAAAGGUCAAGCUUGAUUUGUCGAAAUUCUUGCCAAGAUUAUUCAGCGAGGCUAUUCGCGAUGCGCCCAAGCAGUGUGUACACAUGUUUGAAACGAUACACGAAAAUCCUGAAUUGAUAUGGGACGAUGAUGCGAAAGCCAGAGUAGCGAGAAUUAUCGCUGAAUUGAAAGACGAGUAUCACGCGUUGCAGAGGCGUAAUCCCAAUGCCAUAUUAAAGUUACCCGACACGCAGAACAACGUCGACGUUGCGACCAACGAACCCGUCGUAGGUGGGGUGUACCUUCGGUUAUUCAUAGCGAGUCCCGCUUGGGCGCUCAGGAAACCGAAAGAGUUUUUAAGCGAGCUGAUGGACACCACGUUGACAUUGAUGUCCAAGGACAAAACUGACACGGAUCUGUUGGAAUUAGCGACGCAGGCUCUCGUAUGUCUAUUACAAGCGCAACCCUCUUUGGCAGACCAAGUACCAUCGUUGGGUCAUAUACCACGACUCUGUCGGCAAAUGGCUAUCCAGAAUAGCCACCCAUCCGUGUACAAAACGGCUAUAUUGAUUCUACAUCAGUUGGCCACGAGCGAAAUUUGCAUCUCGUCUAUAUGCCAGACGGAAUGUAUCAGUCCAUUGAAGCACGCGAUGCAAUCAAGAAGGGACAUGAUCGCAAUAGCAUGCGAGACAUUGAACAGAUUAUUUUCGACCAACGAGGAUAGACUUGUCAAGCAGGCACUGGACGCCGAGAUGGUACCGUAUCUUUUGAAUAUAUUAGAAGGACGCUUAGAUGUCGUUGAUAAUCCUGCCACAACUAAAGCGCAAAUAGUAAAAGCUUUAAAAGCCAUGACGAAGAGCUUACUCCUCGGCGAGAAGGUUAAUGCCAUUUUGGAGAAAUCGAGCGUGUGGGCCGAGUAUAAGGAUCAACGGCACGACUUGUUCAUCUCUAACAACAGCAAUUCCGGUUACCUCACGGCUGGGACACCUGUAUCUGCCGGCUACCUAACUGCAGGCCCAAGUGCAACUUUGACCACGGGCCCACCACCGGUAGAUAAGGACGAUGGUUUAAUUAGUAAAAAUGAUGGCAUCUGAUACAGGUAGCAUCGUAAGUGGUACAAAAAGCAGUAAGGAUGUCAAUACUGAGAUUCCUGUCGGUGAACGAUACCGAUAUAGAGAGACUACAUUGUCUGUGAUUUUUGGCUUCUUAAAGACAGAAAUUUAUUAACCGAAUAUUGUUUUGCUCUAUAAUUGUAUAAUCUUUCUUCGUUAGGAUAUAACGUUUCGUUCUUUGAUUACAUUUAUACGCGAACGGUAAGUAUAACGUAAGUAGCCGUAAACUUAAACCGCCAGUUUCUAAGGCAAAAAAAACACACACACACACACACACAUUGAUAUGUAUGAUUGAAAUAUAAUAUUCCAAGGCAGUCUAUUAUCAAACACACGGAGAUUUUCAGAGAAAUUUUUUAUCUCGUACUCUCUCUCUCUCUCUCUCUCGGCAACGUCGUAAUGUGACAUUCUCGAUAAGGAAAUUUGCAUUUGUACAUUUUCAUCCGCAGGGUUUGAAAAAUGAUUUGAAAGUCGAUUUUUCUUCUUUUUUUUUAUCGAAAAUCCAAGACUGUUACCAUAAACGAAUAUACAGACACUCAAUUAUAUACAAACCCGCAUAUCUUUGGAAACAUACCCAUAUAUAGUAUGGAAUAGUACUUUUACUUUUGAUUUAAGACGUUUCCUUUUUAACGAAAUUAAUCAUGAGUUUACAGAGCACGUAAACAUUCUCUACGAGACUGUGCGUAAGAUUCACGUAAUAAUGUGCAGUAAAAUCAAAAAAAAAGAAAAAGAAAAAGAAAAACAAAAGGAGGAAAAAGAAAGAAAGGAAGAAAAACCAUCCAACAGGCAUUCAUAAGUGGUAAACGCGACAACUUUCUCUCUGUGAUAGCAUGUUAAUCGUGAUGGAUACAUAACGAAAGAUACUGGCAUGUUCCAAGUCCCGGUUGCUGCAAAAGCACAUUUUCGACGGCCACAUUCCAAUCGAUCAGAAAUACAAAAUGUACUUAUACGAAGGGUUAGAGCGCGUUUCUGUUCAACGGACAAAAAAAACAUCUAUACGAGUUGUUAAGUUAAGAUCGUGAUUGAAGAAUCCCUCUAUAUAUUUAUUCGUUGUCGCAAUUCGUGCGAUCAAAAGCUAGUGAUGGAUAAUUUAUGAAAUUUACAUUAUAUCAGAGAAUGAAGAGUUCCAUUUACCCGAAUAAUGUAGUUACGUUGAUUCGUAUCUCAUUUGUAUAUGAUGUAAUAUUUAUAUAUAUUUUACUUUGAGAAGAUAUAUAUCCGUCGUAUAUCUUUAAAUAUCAAAACACUUUGUCCCGGCUGCGUGUUCGCUAAUUAUCGCAGUUGAAACGCAUCUUGGGUUUUGAGAUGAUGUCCGCGCUUGCUGUUUGUUACCUUGAAAGAUACAGUGCUGUAUACUUUAAUAUUGAAAAGAAUAUACUAUUUAUAUAUCACUAUA